AUGCAGCUCUCAAUCAUCCUCGGCUUGGCAUUGGUGCAGGUCCCUGUGUACCCAUUUUCACCACGACUCCCGAGACCGGAUAUACACGGCUCGAUGCUAAGCAAGAAGGACCUCAUCCCACGAUACAGUAGGAGAACCCGAGCGACCAUCGCGGCGCAACACAACUUUCACCGUGCUAAUGUCGAUCCUUCCGCGGCUGAUAUGCAGGAGAUGACUUGGUACCGAUGGGCGGCGAGGACCGCUCAAAAAUGGGCGGAAAAAUGUCGGCUGCUGGUUCACACAGGACUGGAAGAACUCACGGAUCCGGUCAUGGGUCAAUGUGGGCAGAAUAUUUUCGUCGCAUCGACUGAGGUACCGUGGUCGUUCGCUGUGCGCGUCUGGGACUUGGAGAAAUAUAACUUCUCUUACGGAGGAAUCCGCAAUAACACAGCCGGGCUGAACGGUCACUAUACGCAAUUGGUUUGGGCCACUUCCCGUAAAGUUGGCUGUGGCUACGCCCGCUGUGAAAUGAAGGACAAGAACAGAACGAGAACGUUUCACAACUAUGUUUGCAACUAUUGCCCGAUAGGCAAUCAUCCGAACAUCAGAGACUGGCCGUAUCGGGCGGGACAGCCAUGUAGUUAUUGUCUAGGAUCAUGCCGGAAUAACUUGUGCCAUGGGAUUGGCUGA